CAUGCAGUGAAGGCAGCUCUCUCUAUACCCAUUGUGAAGAUGGAAGGAAGAGGAAGACGCCACAGUAAAUCAGAAAACUCAUGCUCACAGCUUCAUGCUCUAGCCUUCCUGUUAUUCAAAAGUCAGAUGAGCACACAAAUUCUUCUGUGUAUUUUCCUGUCUGAUGACGCCCUCAAGCACUACCAGUUGUUGUCUGCUGGGUUCUUACAAGUCGGUUAUUUGUUUUUGUUUAUUCUUUUGAUUUUCCUCUGUGUUGUAGAGGUUCAGGUUUUCGAGGAGGAGGACGGUCAUGAGGUGUAGGAGAAAACAGAGGCACAGACAUCGGAAUGCCACAGGCUGUCUCACUGCUGUCCUUCCUGCUGGUGCUCAUGGGAUAUGCUAUUGCAGGGCUCAAUGUAUGGCCUUCCUUCCACGUUGCCCUCAGCAACGCCAGCGUUUUUGUGGACUUCAGCACAAAAUCCAACACCAGCACCAUCCGCAGCAGGAGCCUCUCUCUGGUCAACACGGAAACCAACACCACCCUCCUGACCAGGAGUCUCCCCGGCAACCAAUCUGUUAGGGUGGAGUUCAACUGCUCCUGCUUCCUGUAUGCAGGAACUUUCCGCUUCCUGCUUCGACAGACCAGCAUCUCUGCUGUUUCUCAUGAUAAUGGCACGGAGGACAGAAGCAUGCAGAGCACUACCUGGUGGUGGAGUUCAGAAUUGCAGGUGCAGUGGCCCACCUUUCACAUCGCUGUGGAGAGGGCUGGAAACCACUCUGAAUCUUUUCAGGUCGGGAUCUCCACAAACGAGCACUUUCAGGCCUGCACCAACGGCAUUGAUUCUGCUCUCUUUCUAGAAGUCAGCUACAUGGAGUUCAACCAGAUAGGAAGAAUCAGCAUCGACAAGAUCCGAGCCCGCACACGACACCCAAUCAAACCCCUCCGUUCCCAAAGUGUUCAACUUUCCUGCGCCUUUCCCUUCACGGAAAGAGACUUCAUACAAGUGGCUUUACGGUCUCCUCAUGUAGCACAGGAUGUGAAGAGCUCUGGACCUCUGUACCUGUCCCGUAUCUUUUCCUACAAGCUGCAGGUGGAAAACAGCAACGCUUUUAGGAGUGGUUGUGAAGGGACUAUGACUGUUAAACUGAUCACCCCACCAUGUGCUCACAUCCACGGGAAAGUGUUGCUCUAUAAGGAUGCAGGUGCUGGGAGAGGCGUUUCUGUAUCCUCUGGGAUGGGAACAGGAACACUGAUAGGGUUUGGACCUGAGGAGCCCUCUUCUCCUCCGUUAGCCUUUAACUGGCUGACUCAGGGAGAAAAUGAGACCGAGUUUAACUGCUCUGUGUUUGACCCAGGAAGGAACAAGUACUGCUUCCGCUUUGUUUUCAACUUCAGUCGCUCCCCUAGUCCUGCACAGACCUGUUUGGUGGUUCACAGGAGUGCUGAGUCAUGGGGCCCGUGGCAGCCGUGGAGUUUGUGCAGCGUGAGCUGUGGAGAGGGAGUGAGGGAGAGAGUGCGUGAGUGUUUGCUGCCCUCAGGUGUGGGAGGGAUGCAGUGCACCGGCAUGGUGAAGGAACAGUCUCUCUGCUCACUGGAGGACUGUGCAGUGUUGCCUGCACCCUCUCCAUCCCUGCCCUCUGUGUCUGUUGGAGUUUCACCCCUUGGUGGUAACAUGGUCGUGGUGGUCGGUAUCUCCCUCUGCCUGGCUGUGAUUUUAGCUACUGUUGUUGUGACUGUGUGGAGAAAAUUUUGCCAGACCCCUCAGUGCAGCUCCGUCCGUAGAAGCUCCAUGCACUCCCCGGUAGGACGCAAGCUCUCUGAUGAGGCCUCCAUUUGUGGACACAGCCUCCAGAGACCAAGCCUGUCGGAUGGCCACUGUCCACUGGGGGGUGUGGGUGUUGCCCAGAAAGACGCUCCUGUCCUGGGCAGUCCGCCUCUCUCACAGACCUUGGUGAUGCCACUACCGCAGGAUCCAGAAAGGCUUUCCCCCACGGGUCAGAAGUUGUUGCCACCAAUAUUUGGGUAUCGGUUGGCUCAGCAGCAGUUGAAAGAGAUGAAAAAGAAGGGGCUAAAGGAGGCGACGCAGCUGUAUCAUGUCUCUUCAAGCCCCGUCCAUGACACCUUGGUCGAAACAUCUGCUUCACCCACAGCUUCCCCCAUCCCUACACCAACUGAAUUCACUCAUUUGGCACUCCCGUUGGGCCUCCAGGAUGACACCAACCGCAAUCAUUUUCAGAUUGCAUCUCCAUUUUGACAGACUUCAAGGGUCACACCCAACAGAUUAAGUCCCAAAGUGGAGCUGCUCCUGGGUCCUCGUGUCUCUGCUACUAAAAAUGGAGGAAGCUCAAAAUGGCGUGACCGCACUGCGGACUGGGUGGAGAUGGUAGAGAGGAGUGGGUCAGCGGCAAUCAGACGAGGAGAAGAUCCAGGGAUGGGAAAUCACAACAAUCCAAAUUUCCGCCGGACCUCCAGUUUUAAUGACAUGAAACCCCAGAUUCCAAUAUAUACACAAUCCAGACAGUUCAGAGAAAGGAGCAUGACUCAGGUGGGAUCUCGCACCCUUCCUGAAGGAAGCUGCUGGACCAGAGGUGGACGAGAGAGGCAGCCAUACUGCUCUUACCCAAUUCCAGAGCACGAGGCCUCAGAUUGCCCUCAAUCCAGACCCCAGAGAGACAACAAGAGGAAGCCUUGGAUAGAAACAGCUGGCCUUUCUUACAACAGUGAACUUAAACACACAGGAACCAACACAACACAUGCAAGUCAUGCUAAAGCAGACCCCAGUGGCACUGCAGAAAAGCAAAGGAGUUUAGGGACAGCGGGCAGGGAGGGAAUCUCAGGGAUUGGGGGCCCUGCGGUGAGUCCUGUCAGUCUGAGUGUUGAUCGUGCAGAGCGGGCUGAGCAGAACUGGAACCGCCGUGGCCCGUCGCCUAUCCAGAGGAACAUCCUGGCACGUAAAUUAAAGGAGGCUCAGUCUAACUCAGGGGCGAAGGCGCGGCAGCGCAGCUCCACUUUUAGUGUAUCAUCCCUGGAGCAGAGGACAGGUCGCUGCCACUCUCUGCCAAUGUCUGGAGAUUACAGCAGCACUGGUGGCUCCCCCUACAGGCUGAGUGAGGCGGAGCAGAGGAUGUUGGACCUGGACCUGUCCUCAGCAUAUUUCAGGGAGGAAAAAUAGACCAUGCACAGCAGUUACUAUUUAAUUUUUUUGUCAGAAAUUUGGAGAGUAUGCUUUUUUUCAACUGAUUUUGUUUUCUUAUUCAGAGUAUGACUGUUUCAGGUCAAUAUAGUUGUAAAGUAUUGUUCCAAAAUAAGCCCUUUUUGAAGUGAUGUCUGUAUGCAUUAUUGAACAUAAGCCGGAUCAAUAACAGUAUGCAAAACACUACAGAAGUUAGUGUGUUCAUCUAAGCCCUCUUAACUGCUGCAUGUGCUGUGUCUUUAAUGCAGUCUGCAACAGUGUUGUAAAAAGAAUAACUCUCACUUUUGGAUGCAGUUUGUUUAUUUGCUUGAGUUAUAUCAUACACUUUAAAGAAAGAAAUUCAUACUGGAAACUUAGAACAACUGUACUGUCUACAUUUGUAAAUAGGUAAACUCAUGUCACAAAAGUGGGAAAUUAAAAUACAAAGAAUUCCAACAUGA